UUUAUCACGGACGCAUACUGUAAGUUUAUGCUUCAAUUCUCGGAAGAUAAAGGGACCUUUUCCGCCACUACCUCUAGGCACCUUUUUCAAGCGCGCGUGCGGAACCCUCCUCCAAACUAUUGUGUUCCCUGUCAAUUGUCAUUCAGUAUGAUUGCAACAAAUAACAACUUGGAGGUAAUUUUUUCAUUGCAUCUGAUUUUAUUGGUGUGAUGAACGACGAGACGAAGUGUCACACGCCGUUUUGUCGUAAAGAUUGCCCUGUGGUUCAUCAUGAUUUGAUCAAAGCGUUAUGUAUUGAGAGGAACCGUAGGGAAACCUCCAGUCGCUUUUCUUCAAAGUCGCACGUCCUCUUACGACAGUGCGUUCAAUUGUACGAACAAAAUGGUUGGGAUCGAAACAGCGCCGUGCCAGAUUCAUUACCGGAUCUAAGACACCCACUGCUGUAUUUAACCUGUGCAUUCGGCAAACAUCGAGUUUUAGAGACGCUGGUGAAGUUAGAUUUUAACCCUGCAGUUGUUACAACGGAUGGGGCAAACGGGCUUCAUGCCCUGGUCGACCAUUUUUAUCGCGUGGGUAACAUGAAACAAUGUGGUGGGUUCAUGGCGAUUGACAAAAGACUAGAAGUGUUUGAAAACGUAGUGAGUAUUCUUUGUUCCCGUGACCCUAAUAUCUUCUCUACCAGAGAAAACAUACAUGGACGUACUCCGUUGCACAUGGCUGCCGAAAGUGUAGUCUGUACGAGUAGACAUGCCAGAGUGGAUGGAAGAUGCGAUCCUUUGAAAAGGACUAGAUACUUUCAACGCUGUUUGGAGGUUAUGCUCGGCCACAUUCUUGAGCUUAGAAGUAACUCUUUGCUGACGGAUUUUCAAGUGAUGAACACCGUUUCAAGUCAGGAUAAUGAGGGUGACACUAUUUUGCACAUCCUUGCAAAGAGCCGUACCCUUCCAGGCUGGGAAUCUAUUCAGUAUCUCCUAAAAAAUUUCACAGAUAGUGAAUUCUCUGAGAUAAAGAAUAAGGACUCCAAAACGGCCUUUGACAUAUUGUCACAGUUCAACGGAUUUAUGGCGAAAAGGCUGUUUUACCCCAGUGAUGUCGAGGAGAAAAUGGAAGAAGAUGUUAAUGGCUGCUCUUCACCAACAAAUUGUGAUCCUUCACUAAGCCUUGAAGCCUCAGAUCUCACUAGGAUUGCAAAAUCCCCACCCUGUACUAAUGACAUAACUGUUCAAGCUGUGUGGAGUGAGGCCCCUCAAGCAGCUGGAUUUCCAUCUAAAGGGAUGCAGAAAGUCACUCCAGUCAGGUCAUUGGAGUCUGUUGUUCUUUCGUUACAUAACACAGCAAAAUCUCCAGCUACUUCUGCUCUAAAGACUCUCACAAGAAGCCCAAGUUCUACCCAGAAUGAGCUCUCUGUACUUUUACCAAAUGCUUCCUUGGUUAAUGGAAAGUCAAAAGAUCUUGUGGGGUUAGAAUUAGGAUCAGAAUUUGGAGAGGAAAAUACUACAGGUUUUGUUGACAGUGAAAAAAUUUCACUUGGAUCAGGUGAGGUGCCAACCGAAAUAUCUGGAAAUGUUCAGGAGGACUUCGAAUCAAGACGUUUCUCUGGUGAUGAACCAUACCCUGUUUUCUUGCCUAAUUUUUCACAAUCUGAAGUGGAGUGCAGGGAAUCUGAAGUAGCAAAACAGGAGGUUGGAGAAACAUAUUCCUCGUGUUGUCUGCCAUCAUUAUUUCAAUCCAAUUUAGAACGGGAGAAUUCUGUUGGUACAUCACCCUCAACUCCAGAUUCUUGGAUGCCAGGCAGUGAGAGUGAAGCCACUGCCUCCUCCAGUACACCUUGUGUCACAUCACUGGCUGGUUCUAGUCUGCAGUCACCAUCACAUGAACACUUAGACUCUACUACAACAAGGAAACAGAACUGUCAAGUCACAGCUGACAGUGCAGAAGACAAACGGCCAGUCGGAAAUGCAUCUUCCUCAGGGGAUAGUGCCUUUUUUGACUUUCUCUUGACACAAGGAAAUGAUUUCAACCCAACCAUGAAAUUACAGAUUGUCGAAUUGAUUAAGGGCGAGUUUGGAAAAAAGAUGUCAGGCUUUAAUAGGGAGAUGUUCAAGAUGGAAACAGAAAAGAAAAAGUUGGAGGCAGAAAUUCAGAACUCCAAACUGAAAUUGCAACAAAAAGAGGAAGAGAGACGCAGAUUGUUUGCAGAGAUUGAAAAACUUCAGAGGAACAUUGUCCAAGCAACAGAAAAACACAAAGAACUGUCAGAGAAAUGCAUGAAGCUGAAAGAAGAUUCUGAAGUUGUAAAGCGAAAGAUUUCCUCUUGUGAAGAGGUAGAGAAGGAACUUUUUGGUACCCCUGCUAAGAUGCAAAAGUUGUUAGAUAGUAAAUAUUAGAUGGAUAAAUUUUAUCGUCUAUAAAACAAAGAACAUAGUGGACAAGCAAACUUGCUUUGUUACCACAUUUGCUUCAAAUGUUAUUUCCUUCUUGAGGUGAGAGCAAAAAUUCUGGAGAUGGUUUCUAGUAACUAAUCUGUCACUGUAUCAGCUGUUUCUAUGGAGACUGAUUCAAGAGAAUGCUUAAUCAGUUUUUUUUUUUUUUUUUGCAUUCCUUGUUAAAAUGUCGCAAUUAUGUUUAAGAUUUCUUCUCAAAAUACAAUUUUAAGUAAGCUCAGCCAAUUUUCUACCAGUUGUGAGGGGAGAUCUGAAGUGUUUAUUAGGUUCAUUAGAAGUCUUCCCCUUAUUUUUAUUCGGAUGAGAAGCUUCUGGGUUGGGACUAGAUGGGUAACUGCAUUUUCAAGAUAAAGUCCUCUUUUGGGUCAAGCGUACCAUCCCCCCCCCCCAACCCUUAAUCUUGGAAUUUUUGGAAGGGAGGAGCCCUUUGUUCAUUUCCUACUCAAACCCAUCAGCAUUUUCAUGGGAAAACCGCUGUUUGAUUUAUUGAAUAACAAUUUUAAGUUAGUACGAUUAGCUUUCAUUCUUUGUCAAACUUUGAAUACCUUGAAGUUUGAAAAUCAAUAUGAAUUAUUAAUCAAUGCGUGGACUAGUCAUGUUAAUGAAAUGUUAUUGCAAAUAGGUUGAUAUUGACUAUUUAUGAAAUACUUUUGAUUAUAUUUGAAAAUAGUAGAGCUGAUUGUAAAUGAAAUUUCCAUCUUUGCUGUUUAACAUGGCUAAAAUAUAUUUAUACAAUAAGCCUAUUUACAUCCCUAUGCAUAAUAUAUAAGAGUUUGUAUAUUUUUGUCACUGAUAAAAAUAAUGUCAAAAUUAAGGAGACCUUAUUAUCCCUAUUGGUUAUUUGAAUAAUGUAUGUUUAUAAAGGAAGAGUAGGUCUCAAAACAGCGGCAAAUAAUCAUUUGAGUUACUGUUAUUUCAUUGAACACUAAAGGAAUUGAUCAUGGAAUCAUCAGAGGGCAGUCUAAAUAAGUUCUUCCCUCCCUAAAGAUCUACUAUUACACUGUCCCCUUGCACCACUGGGAAACCCAACCCUUAGUUUAUGCUGCCUCGAAUUUUGAUCAUGAAGGUAAUUCUAUACUUGGCUGAUAAUUAGUGUUUGGAAUCAUGAAUUCUGCAACUACCCUUUCAGUCAAAAACCUUUGAUUAAUGUGGAUAAGCUACUGCUAUCAUAGAAAGCAAGCUUUUGACUGGUAGAAGGUAAUAAAAAGAGCAUUUUUGUUUUUUCA